AUGGCUCGACGAGUGUUCCCGAAGCUCACAGCGACUGGUCUACAGGCAACGACAUAUCUGCUCGGGAUUGCCCUUUUCAGCAUCUCCUUCCUCGUCUUCCUCAAUAGCAGCAUCUCGUUCGUGGUGACGGAGGUCAUUGGGCAAAAGGAACAUGUGGGUGAUGCAGUCGGCACACUGGGCUUCGCAGACGAGCUCUUGGCUUUGGUCGCAUGUCCAGUAUGGGGCCUGCUCAGCGACCGAAUAGGCAUCAGAACGGUGGCGGUCUUCGGCUACUGUAUUAUUGGGCUGAGCUUGAUCGGCUUGGUACAGAGUGAAAGUGUCUACCCGGAGCUGUUGGUGGGAAGGCUGGGCUUCAGUAUCGGAGGCGCCGCAUGCUCUACUAUGGUGACGGCAUGUUUGCCAGCCAUGGUAGCGAAGAGGGUGGAGAAAGAAGACAGGCAAAGUGGAGAAGAGCAAGGUGUAGCUAGUGGUCAUGCUGCCCGCCUAAGAGACGAGGAAAGGCCUGGCAGGACUGGCCAUGCCACAAGCCCGAGUGUGAGCAGCGAGCUCACGAUCACCCAGAACAGAUGGUCCUCCCGAUCUCGAUCGCGUCAGGAGGAUGAUCAGCUAGAUGGCGAUGCAGGACCUGAAGAUGACGGUCCGGACACAGCAGCCGGAACAUCACAACUUGCAGGCUUUGUGGGUUUGUUCACUGGAGCAGGCGCACUUUUGGCUCUAGGGCUGUUUCUACCGCUACCAGCUCGCUUCCAAGGCGUUGGACAGUCUCCAGCACAAGCGGUACAGACAAGCUUCUAUAUCGUCGGUGGUGUUGCAUUCUGUGUAGCCAUCUUCAUUUUGGUCUGUCUACGACAUCUACCAGGCGAGGAGGAAAAGAGCUUCUCCGCUUUGUGGAGGACCCCGUAUGACGAAAGCACGCAGACUGAUACUCAUGGCCAUCUGCAUACGACCUUGACCCCAGCGCCAUCAUACUUCAGCCUUGUAGGACAAGCCGUCAAACUCGGCUUCACAGACUCGAAUAUUGCUCUCGGUUACCUCGGCGGAUUUGUGGCCAGAGCUUCCUCCGUUGGCAUAAGUCUCUUCAUCCCACUGUUUGUGAACGCAUAUUUUGUGCGUAACGGACUAUGUAUUUCGAACCCAGACAACCUGACGGACAUAAAGCGCAACUGUCAACGCGCCUACACUCUCGCGUCAGCACUCACAGGCAUCGCAGAAACAGCUGCACUGAUAUGUGCACCUCUCUUUGGCUGGUUAGGAGGAAAAGUCGUCUCCGGGCGGAACGAGUGGCCACUGCUAGGAGCCUCAGCUGUCGGUGUCGGAGGAUACGUAGCUUUCGGCUUCUUGCGAAACCCAGACGCCUUCCACGGAGAUGGUGGACAAUGGGCUUUACUAGCCGUUAUACUGAUCGGUAUUAGUCAGAUCGGUAGCAUAGUCUGCUCACUCGGCAUACUCGGCCGCGGCAUUAAUGGCCCAUCCUCGCGAAAGAGAGCGACAUCGAGCGAUCAGAAACGACUAUCCACUGCAUCGACCAUGAACGCUGGUGCAAUAGGACCAGUAGGUGGUGAUGAGAUCGCGCCGCUGCUACCGCAAAGUAUGCAUGAACCACAAGUAAGGUCUGACAGAUCGCACUUGAAGGGCAGUAUUGCUGGCGUAUAUAGCUUCGCGGGUGGCGCAGGUAUAUUGCUACUCACGAAGCUAGGUGGUGCGUUGUUCGACAGCUGGACAGAGGGAGCACCAUUCUUCUUGAUGGCUAUCUUUAAUGCCAUUUUGUUUAUCGCUGUUCUGGCCAUCGGUGGUGGCAAGGCACUGUUCCGAAGACAACAACAAGCACAGAAGCCUGUAGUGCAGGAUUGA